CGCCCCCCUCGCGAACGCUCCAAACUGCGGCCCCCGCCUCCCCCUCCCCCCUCCGCUCUCAAUAUCUCGCCACACCUGGCGCCCCUCCCCUUCGGAACGCCCGGGGGAACGGUCGCUUUUGCCACGCCCACGACCCACCCCUCCCUCGGGAUUGCUCGCGGCCACGCCCCCUCGUAGAACGGUUUCGUUGCUCCUCCCUUUUUCGGAGCUGCCAACCCCGGGAUCUUUCUCUUGGCCCCACCCCUUUAAAAACGGGGCGGGGCGGAGUUCUAUCUUGCUCCGCCCACUUUCUUGCUCCCCUACCCUUCUACCUGUUCCAUCUCCCUAAGGCAGUGGUGUCCAAACUUUUUUCAAAGAGGGCCAGAUUUGAUGAAGUGAGGGGCUGUGACCAAAGGGCCAACCAAAGUUGUUAACCUUUUUUAGGACUGAAGUCUGAAGUUGUUGAGUUUUGUUUUGUUUUUUUUAUUUUACCCCAAGAAAUAAACUUCCAAAGGGGCCGGAUUAAACCAACCAGCGGGCCAGAUUAGGCCCCCAAAACGGAUUUUGGACAUGCCUGCCCUAAAGUAAUCUAGGCGUUGUUACUUUGUUGUUAAUUCUGAGCCUCUGUGGCUCCUCCCAUUUGCUCUUGCUCCCCUAGCCCCUCCCCUUUAGAACCUUCAGGUCCCCCUUAACCCCGCCCCAAUUUCAUAAAGCUCUGCCUUCCUGCGUGAUCUUGUUCAGCCCCCAUAUGAGCUACCCUAAAGCCUCAUCCUCUUGCCCCGGUAGCUCCUCAUCCCCACUCCUCCUACAGCUCCUGAGCAUCCUGCUUUCCCCAUCCUCUCUCACAGCAGUGCUCUCUAUUCCCGUUCCUGUGCCCGUCAGUACUCAGCCUUAUCUCUCCUCUUUCCAUCUUAGAAGCCCCCACCCCAAACUCAUGGUUUCUUAGUUUGAAGAACCACCCAGGCUUCCUGAUCUAUUAGGUCCUGCAGCCUUCAAGGUCUGCGUACACCAUGUGGCCUUUUCUCAAAACUAUCCUACAUGAUUUUUAUCUUUCUUACUUUCAUUGAUUUCUACCUUUGAUUAUCUAUCGCUUAAUGACAAUGGUCUCCAAGUGGUUGUCAAUAAAAAUGGGUUAAAAUAAUGAAAUGAGAGCUCAUGCGUGCUGGAAGCAAACAAAGUUUUUGGUAGGCAUUUGGAAGUUCAGCAGGGAAGGGGACCUCAACUGGAAGGGAGUUCCAUAAAAUUGGUUCCAGCUUAGCUUCCUGAAAUUCUCUCCCUCCCCAGAGCCUUCCUCUUUCCCCUCCUGCUGGCUUAAACCCUGCAGCCUUGAUUCUCUGCCCCUCUUUGGGAUCCAAGUUCCGGGUACCCCUGCCUCCACAACCCCGCCCCCAAUUCCCCAUCAUCCUUCUGCCUUGCAGCUUUGCCUCUCUUGUGGACACAUCCUUGUUUUUGCCUGUUUUGUCACCCGUUUAAUCGCAAAUCUCCUUUGUUUUCACUCUUACUGGAGAAGUCUGUGUUGUGGUAACCUCUAAACACUUGUCCUCAACCCCCUGGGGCGCUUCUUAACUUCCCUUGUUCAUAAAGGCUUGGCUUGGCGCCUCGAGCUUUGAUGCAAGAUUUAAUUUGUGCCUUUAAUUGGCGGCACUGAAAACUUUCCCUUUCAGACCGGCCCACGGUGAUGAUGAGAAGGGAGGCUGCGAUGGGGAGGUCCCUCCCCGCUCCCCUCUUUCAGGAUUGCAUUUUAGCCAAGGUCAGAGUGUUCGUGGGGAGGUGGGUUUUCUGCUCUUGGUUCAGCGACACCUUUUUCCCAACGGUGUGCGAUAAAAGAUAUAAAAAAGCCAUUGCAAUUGUUCUCAUGACGCCGGACUAGCGCUAAGUUAAUAUUUAUCAAGCUGCUCUGUAACUGUAAGCGCCGGGAAUGCGCAUCAGAUGUUUUCGUGAUCCCGGGCCAGACCUGUUGACUUGGAAAUUGCAGCGUAAACAGAAAUGUUAGCAGUUGCUAAUGACAGAGGGCCUGUGUCAUCCCCUCAUAUUUGUAAUUGAUAGGGGUAGCCGGAGUCCACGCUAAGGCAUUCCUGGCCUGGUGUAUUUGCCCCUCUUCACUAACACACCGCUGGUGUGCUUUGUACAUUAUUAGCAAGUGCUGUCUCUGUUAUCUGGUGCUUGGAAUGCUGAGUUUUGGAUAGCAGAGAGCAGCCUGAUCAAAUCCCCACUCCCCAGCCAAGCUACGGAAAGCCUGGGGAAGCCCCAUCUCUGAGUUCGGAGGAGGGACGUGCAUUUUAAGGACCACAACUUGAUACCGUAGUAGAGCAUCGGCUUUGCAUGCAGAAUGCUGCGGGUUAAACAUAAGAGCAGCCUGCUGGAUCAGACCAAAGGGGGCCAAUCUAGUCCAGCAUCCUGUUCUCACAGGGGCCAACCAGAUGCCUGUGUGAAACCCAAAGGCAGGCAGGACCCGAGCCCAAGAGCCCUCUCCCCUCCGGUGGCUUCCAGCAACUGGUAUUCAGAAGCACUGCUGUCUCCACCUACAGAGGCAGAACAAAGCCACAGUGUGGGUAGUAGACAUUGAUGGCCCUGUCCUCCGCCAAUUUGUCUAGUCCUCUUUUAAAGCCAUGCAAGUUAGUGGCCAUCACAGCCUCCUGUGGGAGCAAUUCUAUAGUUUAAAACUCUGCUGCACGAAGAAGGACUUCCUUCUAUAUGUGCUGAAUCUUCCAGCAUUCAAUCCCGGGCAUCUCCAGGUAGGGCUUGUUGAGAGGCCUCAUUUCAAAACCCCGGGGAGCGUCUGUCAAAUGUGGCGCUUGAUGGAUCAAGGGACCUACUCUGUAUAUGGCAGUGUCCUGUGUUCUUCCCUAUCUGUUGGAUCUAAAGUGGAAAGAGAAGCGUUUCCCUCCCUUAUAGCACUAGAACUCGUGGACAUCCAAUGAAGCUGAAUGCUGGGAGAUUCAGGGCAGAUAAAGGAUUUAAUCAUGCACAGCAUAGUUAAACUCUGGAACUCCAACUUGGAUGGAUUCAACAGAGGAUUGGGCAAAUUUCAUUGAGGAGGAGAGGGCUACUGAGGGCUUCUAGCCACGAUGGCUGUGCUCUGCCUCCACAGCCAGAGGCCGCAGUGCUUCUGAAUAUCAGUGGCUGGAAACUAGAGGACUCUUGUACUUGGGUCCUGCUUGCUCGUUUCCUGAAAGAGACAUCUGUUUGGCCACUGUGAGAACAGGAUGCUGGGCUAGGUGAACCCCAUUGGCCUGAUCCAGCGCCAGGGCCCUUCUUAUGCUCUUAUGCAGGCACCCCCAAACUGCGGCCCUCCAGAUGUUUUGGCCUACAACUCCCAUGAUCCCUAGCUAACAGGACCAGUGGUCAGGGAUGAUGGGAAUUGUAGUCCAAAACAUCUGGAGGGCCAAAGUUUGGGGGUGCUUGCUCUUAUGCUUCCAGCCAUGGGGAGUCAUACAACAUGGUCCUUUCCUGAAUGCACCUUCGGCGUGGUGCACGAGCUCCUUUCUAGGUGCUGUUUGCAGUUUAGCAUUGUAGUGGUAAAAGGCUCACAUAGCAGAUCCUACACUGUGUGUGUGUGUGUGUGUGUGUGUGUGUCUGGAUCUAGUUGUUACCAUUCCUUAAACGUUGGUUCCAGCCUUACUUUCCUGCGUUUGAGAUGCAAAUCCCCACGCAAGCGAAAACAUCAGAAGGAAGGCUCCAGUCCCCAACGUAGAAAACAUUUUCUGAACCCACAGCUGUUCCUGACUCUGGGUGCACGCUUGCAGAGCUGAAUGUCACUGUGCCAGUUGCUAAAGUGUUGGUCCUGGGAGACUGGGGUUCAAAUCCCCAGGAAGCCAGGAGGCUCACCUUUGACCGGUUAUGGUCUCUCUCUGCAUAACUGGCUGCACUGGGUUGUUGUGAAUAUAAUAUGGGGAAGUGCAGGAAAACCAGGGGUGGGGAGUCUCAGACAGUGCAACCCUCUAGGCCUCCUUAUUGCCUUUGUAACUCUGCAGGUCUUACAUACCCUCCAUGGACACACCCCAAUUUUUUUACCUGGCUUAUACUCUGAUAGCGCUUUUUUGACUGCUGGGAUGGAAUAUAGAGAGGUGUGUAUGAGUUCCUGCAGACAAAGUUAAAAUUCACAUUCACUACUCCAUCCACUUUUGUCUCUCGUCACCCACCACCAUCAUGUGGCCCUAGGAAGGAUGCCCCAGAGGAUUAUGCGGCCCUCAGAGAUGCUUUUGCAGGCAUGGCUUGGCUGGCUGUUCACCAGGUUGCAAAGGCCAGGUGGGGUUCCCCCCCCAGCUCUUCUCUGUGACCUUGGCUAGCUGCUGCAUUUGGGCAAAUGUCUCCCUUGGGCAUUCAAUUAAAAAAAAAAGUCCGCAGUUGAGCAGGUUUAUGCAGGAAAUGAAUUUAUGCCAGUUCUGCUGAUGUGCAGAACGUGGCCUCUCGCAGGAUUGGGUGGGGAAGGGAUGAAGAUCAGUGGUAAAGUCACUGUAGAGCAGCUGCCGGUCAGUGCAGACAAUACUGAGCUAGAUGGGCUGCUAGAUGGGCCAAGGGUCUGACUGAUAUAAGGCAGUCUAUUUAUGCCAGCUUUUCAUUCACAACCAUGAGGACUGGAAUUUUGACCAUAAUUUUAAACAGAAGGUCCAGAGUUCAGUGGCUGAGUGCUCGUUUGCAAACAGAAGGUCCUGGUUCAAUCCCACUUAGGUCUGGGAAUGUCCCCUUGCCUGAAACCCUUGAGUGCUGCUGCCAGCCCGUGCAGACAGUAUUGAGGUAGAUCUAUAUGUCUGCUUUGUAUGUUUCAGCAUACUGUGCUGUGGGACCUGGAGCAGGAAUAGCUUCAUGCUUCUCUGUCUCCCCCACCAUUUCCAGCAGCAGAAGUGGAAAUAAUUUAAGCAACUUCACGAUGAGAUGGCUGGGCCUUCCUAGGUGCUGGAUGGCAGUUCUUAAAAGCUCCCCAUUGGCAGGGAAUGCAUCCUCACCUUCUACCGCGAUAAGUCCGCGGACUUUGAUUCAGAUGGAUGUGACUAACCUGGAGUGAUGCAAUCUCAGGGCUCGGCUGGCGAGAUUUCUGUGCCUUCGGCAGGUAAGUGCCUGCCACAGCCAAGCCCUGUUCCUCCGCGAGGGACGUCCCCGUGCCAAACAAAGCCUGUGACCUUAGCUCCAGAGAACCAGCAGCUCCGCCGCUGCAGAUCAGGGCUGAAUUGUCCCAAGGGGGUAGGGCCCGAACUGAUGGACUCAAAUAUCAAGAAAGGAGAUUCCAGCUGAACAUUAGGAAGCACUUCUGGACGACUGAAGAGGAAGCCCGGAUCGAUGUCCCACCCGUUCCCACCCACCCGCAAGGAAUUCAUGAUCACAUGACCCUGGAUAUGGACGUCGUCCUAUCGGAUUUUGUACGCUCAACAGGGGCAGAGCCAGGAUUGGCAAGGGAUCUGCUUGAAGGGAAAAACUGGGACCUGAGCGCCGCCUUGAGUGACUUUGAGCAGCUCCGGCAGGUGCACGCCGGGAACCUUCCCCAUUCCUUCAAUGAAGGCCGGGCCUUCAAGCACGUGGAGAAGGAUGUGGCGUGGCCCCCGCGGCCCCCACUGCAGCGCCAGGAUGACAUUGUGCAAGAGAAGCGCCUGUCUCGCGGCAUCUCUCAUGCCAGCUCCACCAUCGUCUCCAUGGCUCGCUCUCAUGUCUCCAGCAACGGGGGUGGGGGCAGCAGUGGGGGGGUCGGCGGUAGCGGGGAGCACCUCCCAGAGAUGCCCAUCUGCACCUUCCAGCUUCCUGACCUGACCGUCUACAACGAGGAGUUCCGGUGCUUCAUCGAGCGGGAUCUCAUUGAGCAGUCAAUGCUGGUGGCGCUGGAGCAGGCGGGUCGUCUGAACUGGUGGGCCAAUGUCGAUCCCAGCUGCCAGCGGUUGCUCCCCUUAGCCACGACGGGCGACGGGAACUGCCUGCUCCACGCUGCAUCGCUAGGUAUGUGGGGUUUUCAUGACCGGGAUCUGAUGCUCCGCAAAGCCCUCUAUGCCCUCAUGGACAAAGGGAUGGAAAGGGAGGCCCUCAAGCGGCGGUGGAGGUGGCAGCAGACGCAGCAGAACAAAGAGUCCGGCCUCGUUUACACAGAAGAGGAAUGGCAAAAGGAGUGGAACGAGCUGAUCAAGCUGGCUUCCAGCGAGCCACGCAUGCACUACGGCACAAAUGGAGGGAGCUGCGGAGGUGUGGAAGGCUCCGAGGAGCCCGUGUACGAGAGCCUGGAGGAGUUCCACGUCUUCGUCCUGGCCCACGUGCUCAAGAGGCCCAUCGUGGUGGUGGCGGACACCAUGCUGCGAGACUCUGGAGGGGAAGCAUUCGCUCCCAUCCCCUUUGGCGGCAUUUAUCUGCCCUUGGAGGUCCCUGCCAACAAGUGCCACCGCUCUCCCCUGGUCCUAGCCUACGACCAGGCCCACUUCUCUGCCCUGGUAUCCAUGGAGCAGAAAGAACCUCCCAAGGAACAAGCUGUGAUCCCGCUCACCGACUCCGAGCACAAGCUGCUCCCAGUGCACUUUGCUGUGGACCCCGGGAAAGACUGGGAGUGGGGUAAGGACGACAACGACAAUGUCCGGCUGGCCAGUGUGACCCUCUCGCUGGAAGCCAAGCUGCACCUACUGCACAGCUACAUGAAUGUAAAGUGGAUCACGUUGCCUUGCGAAAUGCAGGCGCCUCUUGCGCAGCCCGAGUCGCCGACUGCUUCCGCAGGGGACGAUGCCCGGUCGGCGGCCGACUCGGGUGACUCGGACAAGGAGUCUGUGUGCAGCAGCUCAGCCAGCAACAGCGGGGGCAGCAAAUGCAGCAGCAGCAAGGACAAGGAGAAGGAGAAGACCAAGAAGGAGCGGGAGAAGGACAAGGAGAAGAAGCGGGCUGACUCAGUGGCCAACAAGCUUGGCAGCUUUGGCAAGACGCUGGGCAGCAAGCUGAAGAAGAACAUGGGGGGGCUGAUGCACAGCCGGACGGUCAAGGGGGGCGUCAGCAACGGGCAAGGGGGUGAGACCCUGGAGAAGAAGAAGAAGAAGGGCUCCGUCAAGGUGAGGAAGGGCAGCAAGGACGAGGCGCUAUCGAGUGACUCGGCCACUCCACCCGAGAAGCCGUGCGCCGUGGGCAAGGCGGCCGCCGAGAAGCCGCCGGACGGCUGCAAGUACAGCAGCGACGUCCGGCUGAGUUUGAGCAUCCUGCGGGCCGCCAUGCAAGGGGAGCGGAAGUUCAUUUUCGCCGGGCAGCUCAAGACCAGCCACCGGCACCCGUUCCAGGAGGAGAUGAUCCAGCGGUACCUCUCGGAUGCUGAGGAGCGCUUCUCGGCAGAGCAGAAGCAGAAGGAAGCGGAGAGGAAGGCAGCCGUGGCAUUGGGCAGCAGCGGGGCGGCGGCCAAGAGGCCGGACUCGGACGGCAACCCCCUCAAAGGCGAGGAGGGCUUGCUGGGCACGGCGUACCCCCCGGGGCUCCCGCCGUACGGGCUCCAGAGCCCUGACCUGGCCGCUGUGGGGGCUAAGAUGGCCGGCUUCCCAUCCAGCUACUCAGGGGUCUUCACCAUCCCCCGCCCCUCCAUGACGGGUGGCGUGGAGGGCUCCCACCCACCCAGCUACCAAGAGAGCCGAAGGCAGCUUGCUGGCGGCCCCUGUGGCCCCCUGCCCCCCUAUGCCACGUUGCCCAGGCACUGUCCACCGGGCCGUCCUCACCCAUACCAGACCAGCCCUUCCCACCUGGGCGGGCGCUUCUCUCCCACCGAGACGGACACGCCCCCCGGCUACGUGGGGGCAGACUGUGACCCCUCUCCCUGCCCGGGCCUGCCCACCAACGGCUUCCGGGAGUACACGGAGGCAGGUGGCUGCUCUCCGAAAGGCGCCGAGCGAAGCAAAGCCCGGCUGCUCUACAACCUCCAGCAGACGAAAUGCAAACAGCCGAACUGCAGCUUUUACGGGCACCCGGAGACUGGGAACUACUGCUCCUGCUGCUACAAGGAGGAGCUGAAGCGCAAGGAGAGGGAGAGGGAGGCCUUGAUACACAGGUUCUGAAGGGCCAGGCUCCGGACUUCCUGGUCCCCGGACCCACGCGAUCCGUGGGCAAUGCAAUAACGCGUCCUCCCUUCCCCUCGCCCCCCCUCCCCGCCUCUUCGAGGAGAAGGGCUGGCCAGUGUCAGAGGGGGCGGCAAGCUGCUGGUGGGGGGCUUGGGGUGGAAGCCGAGACACCCCUUGCUUUUGGGGGAGAGUGGAGAGAGGGCAACAAAACGCUGUUGGAGAGCAGAGAGGAUUGGCAAAGGGCUGGAGGAAACGGGAAGGUUUGAGUUUUGCAGGUCGGAAGCCGUCGAACCGAGCAGAUCUUCUAGACCAAAGCUUUGAAUUCCAAGGGUAAAACAUACAUGGUGUUGAGGGGAGGGGGGCUUUCUGCCCCCGACGUGAUUUUUCUUUUUUCAUUUCAAAGGGAUUAAACCCACCAUCCCUACAUUUCCCCCCCAAAAAGUUUGAAAUCUUUUUUUUCUCUUUUUAUUAAGUAAUAUUAACUGGCUUUUUUGAUUUUUUAAAAAAAUAUUUUUAGGUUUUCUCCCACCCCCACUCCUUAAAACAUGGCUUUUUUUAAGUUGGAAAAAGGACCUUUCCCCCUUUCUCUUGAGUCUCAACAGUUCUGUUACCUCCGCCUUGUCCAGAUUCUGCCCCUCUCCUUCCCGCAAUCCUCUCCGGUCUGUCGCAGCUAGCUUCGAAGCCUUUUUAGAUGAGUUGGGCUUGAGAUAUUCUUUUUAAAAAGAUAUAUUUUUUAUUAAAACAAACAAAAAAGACCCUCUCUUGUAGGGAGCUGUGGGUGGGGUGGGCAAAGGGAGGGAGGGAACCAUCAAGUCGCAAUACUGAGUGUGUGUGUGCGUGAGAGAGAGAGAGUUUUUUACUGUGCAAAAAAGCAAAAAAACAAAAACCCGAGCCUGUUCUUGAGAUGGUCAUACCUACUUUGGGGGUGCGGGGUGGGAAUAGAAACCAGAACUUGAAUUGGUGGGGACUUCGUUAAGAGCAAUAAACCUCUGCAAACAACUUGAAAACCGGGGUGGGGGGACAAAAGAGAGUUAUCUGGGCAUCACUGUGGUAUGAUUGCCACGGCCCCUCUACAACGCAGUUUACACGUGUAUACAAAUUCUCUUUACCUGCAGAGAAUCACUUCCUUCCCGCACGAGCUGUUUUGUUUUGUUUUGUUUUGUUUUCUCCUAGACUACCUCUGUUCUGCUGAGUAGAAAUAAUCUGGCUCUCUUUUGCCGAGCCGAUACUUUGACUGUGGGAAUGAUGAGUAAAAUACUAAAGAAUUAUAGAUAUAUAUUUUUAACAGGGCUCUACAUUUGUGUUAGAGGAAGCUGGGGUGGUGGGUGGUGGGUGGGAGGGAUGUAAAAAACAGAAAACUAACUAUACACUAUAUUUUUCUCAUUUUGGGGGGGAUUGAUCCCCGUUUUCCCACAAAUUCCCCCCCCCAAGCCCUUGGAAGUCUUUGCCGUUUUUAGAAAAUCCCCCCCCCCCAUGCACCUACCUUUGCUGCUGCAAUGUGAAUGUUUAUUUCCCCAGGAUAGGGAACAGCCUUGGAAACUUCCGCCUGACACGGGUUUGAGUGGGAGCCCACAAAAAGCGAAGAAUGGGGGGAGGGGGGUGUAAAGCGGGCAAGAUCCGGUGUCCAGUGGCGGUGGGGAGGUACAUCUGACUCGCUGACGAGUCUCCGAAACUAUGCAAUUAUUUUUCCACUCCAAAGCUGCCAGGGUAGGACCAAGAGGGAUAAUGCAAGUGUACUUAAAAAAAACGGAACGAAUGAACAAAAGACGAAACAAAACUUGGGGUUGUUUUCUCAGUUCUCUGAUGCUCCUUUGCGCUGCCUUAAUGGGGAUGGGGUGGUGCAAGGAGCAGUUUUCUUCAUAGCUUCUUUUGGAGGAAGGGGUAAAAAGAAUGAGGGUGCUCAUACAAACCGUCGGGCUCAGCCUGUCGAGGGCUUGGCUGCCUUGUACGAAAGGGGAGUGGGAUUUUGCAGGGAGGGUCCUCUCCCAACCCCAUGUGGGACGGAGGCUCUGCCCCACCCGUCCACCUUUGCUACGGUCGGGGCGGUGUCCACUGACAAUUUCAAAUCUUCACGGAUUUCAGAGCUGAUGGCUUAUUUUUCCCUGGUCAGGGGUGGCUGCGUGGAGCUAGCAGAAGACUGGAGUGGGGGGUGAAUGAUUAGGACGCGGAACUCCCUGUGUGCAGUUCUCCACUCUGAUGGAAGAGGCAAAGGCCUGUGCAGAAAUGAGGAGCCUUUUGCUUUCCGGACGUGGCUGAACUACAACUCCCAUCUGCUGUGGCGAGGGAGUUGUAGCGGUGGGGCGAGAGGCGGUGAUGGGAGUCGUAGUUCAGCGGCACCUGCGAUCUCCUGGGUCAGGAGAAGGAUGGAGAGCCUUCAUCCCUCCAGCUACCAUAACCUCUGGCCCUCGGCUAUGCCAGCUGAUGGGAGUCGAGGGCCGCAGACAUUGCUCCUCCCUUUAUUUCAUUGGGUAAACAAUUUGGGUGCUUGUUCCUGGGGGGGGGGGGUGUCUAGCCAGGCAACUUGGGCCUCUUCAGUGGAAACACCUGGAGAGAGAGGGAGAGGGGGGGGAGAGAGAGAGUACCCCAGGUAAUUUUCGAUGCCUGAAGCAUCCUUUGCUAAAUAGCAAGAAACCCUUUGAAGGAAGGCCGCCUUGAGUUGUGCUCACAGCUCCAUAACGCACAUAGUUAAAAUUACAGUAAAGAUAUUGCUGCCCAGCUGGGAAGUAGCCGAAUUUUCUUUGCUCGUGAUGUGUGGGCUGUGUGUGUGUGUGUGUGUAUAUACAUGUUCUUUUCCACCCCCUAAAAAAUCUCCCAAGUACAGGCAUAGGCAAACUCCAGAUGUUUUGAUGCUACAAUUCCCAUCAUCCCUGACCACUGGUCCUGUUAGCUAGGGAUGGUGAGAGUUUUAGUCCCAAAACAUCUGGAGGGCCGAGUUUGCCUAUGCCUGCCCAAAUAUAUUUUCCUGGGGCUUUUCCUUUUGGAUGAAACGGUUGCAUCUCUUGUCAUCUUUCUGCAUUCAUCUUUGAAUGGUUUUGGGUUUUUUUUUUUGCAAAGUUUGAUCUGUAUUUUAAACGAACACCCCUCUGGAUGAAUCGGGCCAUUAAAGGUGGAUACGUGUAUGUAUGUAGUCUGGAAAAGGGGAAUGGCGAGGUUGGAAGAUUUGAUCAUGGAAGGUUUUGCAGCCAUUUGGAAACCACCAGCCCCCCCCCAAAAAAAGUAAUUUUUUUUUUCAUUUUAAUAUUAACCCAAGUUUCCCACCUGCUAGAGCAGGCACCCCCAAACUACGGCCCUCCAGGUGUUUUGGCCUACAACUCCAAUGACCCCUAGCUAACAGGACCAGUGGUCAGGGAAGAUGGGAAUUGUAGUCCCAAACAUCUGGAGGACCGAAGUUUGGGGAUGCCUGUGCUAGAGUAUCAUAAGGCCAAAAUUAGGGUGACCUCCAUUCAUUUUUUUAUUUGCAUUAUGACAGCAUGGUUGGCACCCACCCAAGUCCUUGCUUAGACCCUGUUGAAAUUAAUGGACCUAAACUAGUCGACAGGGAUGAAUUUCUAGGGGUCUACUCUGCGUAGAGCUAACAAGUGGCUUACAGCCCUUCCCCCCUCCAACUGAAAAAUUGUAAUUUCUUCAGAUCUCGCCUCAAUGGUUAGUCACUGGUCUCUUGUGUCUGGUCUUAUUUCAUUAAUAAUA